UACACUGCACGCUCUUGGAGUAGUCGAAGAGUCCAACAGAGUACUCGCGGGUCAAUAAGCUUUUAACAAGUAACAACUCGUCUUCUUGUAUCUCAGACUAAAAACAUCACACCUUCUCCCGCAAGAGGAGAUUAGUUUGGCCAUCGAGAAAGCUUUGACAAAAACCGCAAACAUUCCGCGCAAAAGCAGCAGCAACAACAUGAAGAAGAAGGAGGUCGUGGACGAGGAGGAGAUCUCCAAUGAGGAUACCGAAGAGCAUCAGGAGGAUGCCGGUUCAGACGAAUGGACGCCCAACAAUGAGUCCACUACUCCAGGGAGAAGAGGAAGGCCACGAAGAUCUACUGCAGGCAAAAGACGUCAUCACUCGGAAGAAGAGGAAGAUGAAGAUGAGGAGGAAGAUGAAGAAGAGGAGGAUGAGGAUGAUGACGACUCCGACUCUGAUUCUGGAAAAAAAAACAAGAAAAGACGACGCUCCAGAAAAGAAGAGGAUGAAGAGGAUGAGGAAGAGGAGGAUUCAGAUGACAACAACUUUAAUGACACAACUGUACCUCCAAAAGACUUUACUUCAGGAGCGUUUGUGGUUGCCAAAGCCGAUGUCGUGGAUGGAAAAGAUCCUGUACUGUGGAGGAUAGAUGGAAAAGCUCUUUUACAGAAAUACUUGCCAUUUAAGGAUGAUGGAAAAACAUUGUACAAAAGCACAUCAACGUAUUCCGGUUGGUCAGUAAAUAAUAAGGACAAGUACUUUGCAGCAAAAGUAGAAUUCAAAGUGCAAAGUAAGCAAGAAACAGUUGUAGAGCUCCAUCUUGACACUGAGCAGGCUGCAGUCAAGGAUGAGAAGGAAGAGUAAAUUUAGCAUCUUACAUUGUUUUUAUAACUAUUAAGAUUCAACCACUUGAAAAACCAAACUAAAGCGUGAGUCCAAUAAGAAGCGAAUGUUAAGAAAACACUUUUUUUAUCUAGCUUUCUUACAAUUACUGUGAAUGUUUCUGAUACAAUUUCACUAAAUGAUGAUUUGAUACGGUUUUUUUUUUUUUUUUUUUUUUGUAUAACNUAUAUAUGUAUAAAUAUGAAAUUUUGCAUCAUUUUUUACGAUCAUUAAAUUUAGUUGAUUUGUAGGAAUAAAUUUUUAAGCAAAGUAUCUUGACGAAAUCAAUUAUCGUUGUUCAGUAAAAUUUACUUGUUGAACGAAUUUGAAUUUUGUGCGUAAUUACGGUAACAUUAAACUGAUACGUUUAUAGUUAAAUUUUUAAGUGUACUAACUGAUUAAGUCUACAAGAGGUCUUUAUCUGUAAUUGAAAUAAACUAUCUUGAUGUUUUUCUCGAAGCUAUAACUUUUGUUGAACACUACGAGAAAUCAAAUUGAUCAUAAAUAUCUUUAAACAUAUUAAGCAUUUUUCGAUUCCAAACUUAUUUUUGUGUGUGAAAUCACUUGUAAAGAAAUUAUCGACAUUAACGUUUAAAUAAUAAUUUACCUAAAAUAUAGUCCAUA